AUGGCGCAGAAGCCGGGAUGGGGAUCCUUCCUCUCGCAGGCCGUGGCGGGCGUCGAGUCGAGAUUGGACAAUAUGUUAGGUGAUGAACCUGGGCGACCUGCAGUUAAGCCGGCUGCGAAGACAGCGCCACAGACAGCAGCGUUGAAGACAGACUCUAGGUCAUCGAGCGCUACAAGAUCGAGUACGAAUGAUAGAUUACAAGCAAGGCUUGCUAAAGCUGUUGCGGGUAAGGCGGGGGAUUCGCCUCGAAGUUCAGGGGACAUGAAGCGGUCGAUGGAUGUCGAGAGUGUAAAAAACGACGAGACUGCGAACGACGGAAAGAGUGAUGAGAAACAAGAUAAUACUGAUAAAAAGACGAGUGGAGAGAUACAGAUAGAAAGUAGCGCCGACCAAGUCAAACCGACAGAGAACGUUGAAAGUGCCACGGCCGACACACAAGAGACGACAAGCACGACGGAGACGCCAGUAGUCCCUGACGAGAACACUGCUGCUACAACGAAGCAUGAGGAAGCACAGAAUUCUACACCUGCAUCGAAUGAGACAAGCGCAAACACACAAGUUACGCCCAACGGAGCACCAACUGAGCCACAACCCACCAACCAAGAUGUCGCAGAAUACAUUGAACGAAUAGACUCCCUCGAGGCCAAGCUUCUCUAUCUUUCGAAAACAGCAGCGGAAUCGGCGAAGAAGACGGCAGCUUCGCUACCCUCUGGUAGUGCGGACCGCAAGCUAGCUGAAAAGGACGAGAAGAUUGCUUUGCUCAUGGAAGAAGGACAGAAGUUGGCUGGUGGUGAGGCCAAGUAUCGCGCCAUCAUUAAGAAACUUCGACUUCAAGUUGCCGAAAACGAAAAGCAAGCCGAGGAACUACAAAAGACACAUAGCAAAGCUCUUGCUGAUGCCGAGUUGUUGCGCAGCCAAGCUAGCGGUAACGCUGCGCAGGAAAGGGCUCAAGCAGAAGCCAAAAAGGCUACUGAGGGUUUUCAAAAGGAGAUUGCUGCGCUUAAAAAGGAAAAGGCAACCAGAGAGGAAGCUACCCGCAAGCUUGAGAGAGAUCUGAAGACCAAGACAGAACAGGCUGACAAGGCAGACCUUCUUGCCAAGCAGCUCGCUUCAGAAAAGAGCAAACUCAAGACGGAAGAGGAAAAUUCGGCGGCUCUCAAGAGCGACAAUGAGAUACUCACAGAAAAACUUCGCCAAGAGGGUAUUGAGUGGAAAGAAAAGGUCGAGCGGGCAGUCGAACGAGGCAACAAAGUCGAGGCAGAACUACGUGUAGAACUCCUUGGCAUGGAUGCUAAGCUGGAGACUAUGCGCACACAGGCUGAGGAAGUAUCUUCUGGCUCUGGUGGUGAGGCACAGGUCAAGCUCCUGCGUCAGAUUGAGACGCUACAGUCGCAAUACGCCUCAGCAAGUAACAACUGGCAAGGAAUUGAAGCGUCUCUACUCGCAAAGACGGCCAGCCUCGAAGCCGAGCGCGACGAGGCGCAGAGACGCGAAUCUGAGAUGCGCAAGAAGGCUAGAGAGGCCACGACGCGUGCCAGAACCAUGGAGGAAGAGCUCGAGGAUAUCCGCCCAACACUGGCCAAGUCAGAGCAGGAUCUCUCGCGACUAAACGACGAAGUUGCAUCGCUACGAAUCGCUGCCAAGGCCGCUGAGGAGUCUUUGGAGCAGGUGCGCGCAGACCUGGAGAAGGAGAAGCGAACUGCCAGUGCCAGCGCCAACAUUAGCAGAAAGGCCAGUCGCGAAUUUACGGAUAGCGCUGACCAGCGUAAAUGGAUUGAGGAUGUCGCGGCCAACAAGCCCAACAGCAGGCCCGAUUCACCCCUACUAUCGGUCCAGCGCACCCUAAGCUCUGACUUUAUGGGUCUGCCAUUAUCUGGUCGUCGUGGAGGCGCCGCCAGCCACGGCGACGGCUCUGAUUUUGCAUCUCGUCGACCGUCGGCCGCGCCUUCACGACUCAACUCGAUCCCCUUUUCGCCCACUGGGACCGCACCAGCGCCUUUCUCGCCGUUUGAAUCGUCAACAGAGUUGAUGUCACCACCACCUAUCGAGGAGGACGAGAUUGUGAGGCCAGCGUCACCAACACAAGCAGCACAGGACAUGAUUUCCAUGUCGACGGUUGCUGCCGGACCCAGCGUACAGCUCGUAGAGCGUAUGAGUUCCGCAAUCCGCCGCCUCGAGGCUGAAAAGGUUGCCUCUCGGGAGGAAAUGGCGAGAGUAUGCAGCCAGCGCGACGAAGCUCGCUCCGAUCUCGUUGGUCUGAUGAAGGAUCUUGAGGAAGCUAGAGUGGCGAGCAACCGGGUACCGGAGCUGGAAGGACAAUUAAAGGAUCUUGACCAGCGGUACCAAACCACGCUGGAGAUGCUGGGCGAGAAGAGCGAGCUGGUAGAAGAGCUGCGCGCCGAUGUUCAGGACGUCAAGGCCAUGUAUCGCGAGCUGGUGGAGCGCACUGUCAAAUAA